UGAAUCUCACUUCGAUAUUUAUCGCCAAUCGACAGAUGCAUUUAUCGAUAAGCAUCGUUUAACGAAAUACAACAUACAUUUCGAAAUGCAGCUAUGAAUCGCACUUCGAUAUUUAUCGUCAAUCGAUAGGCGCAUUUAUCGAUUUAUCGUUUAAUACAACGUAUUGUCUUAUGCAACAUACAAAGAAAUGCAGCUAUGAAUCGCACUUCGAUAUUUAUCGUCAAUCGAUAGUCGCAUUUAUCGAUUAACACAAUAUAUACGCUAACGCUUACACAACGUUUGCUUAUCCAAACGAGUACUAAUCGCACUCUACACACUUCAGCCGGGCCACUUAGCGUCUAAUUCGAUAAUGGAGGUGCCCAAUUGCCAUGGAAACUGUCGUGCCUCAGUCAAAUUACGCAAUGAUAUGCCCGACUACAGCUUGCAGUUGUGACUGAUUGAUUGUUCGCGCGGAGGCGUACAAUCCGUGCCCCAAUCCAAAGUUUGUUGCUCGCGGAGCUCCGAUUGCGUUCACUUGACAGAGCCUCGCAUCAGUUGCCGCCGAACGUUUGCCCGGAAUCGCUGCCGUCAUGUAUCUGGCGCUGCUGCUGACCCUCAUCGCACUCCUCUCGCUGCUCUACGUGUUUCUGGUAUGGAAUUUCGGUCAUUGGCGGCGUCGCGGCAUUUGUGAGCCGCGCGCCCUACCGCUGCUCGGCUCCUUUCCCAACAUGGUCUGGCCGCGCCGGCAUUUCCUGAACGAUAUGCGCGAUCUCUACAUGCAAUAUCGCUUAACGGAGAGCUAUGUGGGCACCUAUUUGGUGCGAGCUCCCAAGCUGCUGCUGCUGGAGCCCAAGCUGGUGAACGAGGUGUUUGUGAGCGCGUUUCGGCACUUUGAGAACAACGAUGCGUCGCGCAUGAUUGACACGGACAAGGACAGGCUCGUCUCGUGCAAUCCCUUUGUGCUCGACGGCGACGAGUGGCGGGUGCAGCGGGGCAUCUUCUCGCCCCUGUUGACCAGCGGGCGUAUACGCAAUGCCUACAUCAAUAUGCGGCGCAUUUGUGGCAAGCUCUGUGCCUACAUUGAUCAGCUGUCGGCGAGCGGUCAGCCCUACAAUGGCAUGGAUCUGGGUCUGCGCUUCACCAGCGAGAAUCUCUUCGACUGCGUUCUGGGCAUCGAGGCGCGCAGCUUUACCGAUGCGCCGCUGCCCGUUGCCGAGCACAACAAGGCGAUGUCUGAGGAUAAUUACCGGCUGGCCCUGGCGGGCGCCCUGAACGGCCUCUUUCCGCGCCUGCCACGCUGUCUGCGCCCCAAGAUCAUACCGCCCACAUACGAUCGCUUCUUUGGCGAUCUGCUGCACGAGGCAUUUCGUCUGAGGCGCUGCAAGCGACAGGAGCGCAACGAUUUCAUCAAUCAUCUGCUGGACAUGCAGCGGGAACACCAGCUCAGCGAAGCGCAGCUGACGUCGCAUGCGAUGACCUUCAUGUUCGAUGGCCUGGACACAACAUCCUCGACAAUUGCGCAUUGUCUCCUACUGCUCGGCCGAUAUCCGGAGUGCCAGCAGCGACUGUGGCUGGAGCUGGACAAGGCCUGUGCCGCAGAUCAACUGCUGCCCGACUUUGAGCACCUGAGUGAGCUGCCCUAUUUGAGCGCCUGUUUAAAUGAGAGCCUGCGCAUCUAUCCGGCUGGCGGUUGGGCCUCCAAGACCUGCACAGAGCCCUACACGUUUCAUGGCAGCCAUCACAGCGGCCCGCUGCAAAUGUAUCCGGGUGACAACGUCAUGAUACCCAUUUAUGGACUGCAUCAUGAUCCCAACUUUUAUCCAGAGCCGCAAGAGUUUCGACCCGAACGCUUUCUCAAUGGCGGCCUCAAGCGAUUCCAGCAGCUGGGCGUCUUUCUGGGCUUUGGCAACGGACCGCGUCAGUGUGUGGGCAUACGCCUGGGCCUGACCCAAACCAAGGCCGCGCUAGCGGCCAUUGUCAGGCGGUACGAGGUGUUCGUCAAUGGACGUACCCUUGAUGGCAUCGAGCUGGAUCCGUUUAUCUUUGUGGGUGCCCACAAGGGCGGCAUUUGGCUGGACCUAAAGGUGCGUCCCAACGGCCCGAAGACAGUGAGUGUGUUAUAGAUGAGUGUGAUUGACUGGGCAAUGCCCUGUACUGUUGCUUCAGAUUAUCCUUAUGUAAUAGUGCUCACAUGUACAUAGAAGUAUUUUUUUGUUGCACUAUUAAGUUAAAUAACUAUUGUAUUCUCUAUCGAAACCCUUUUAAACUCGGACCAGAUGAUAUAUAAAGUUAAAUUUAUUAGAUAAAUUGAAGACUUGGAUAUUAAAAGUUGCCUGCU